CUGAGGAGAACCCGAGCAGAGCUGCGAUGCGUCCAAGGCGCUGACGUGAACAUCCGAACAGAAGAUAGAUUACAACAAGGAAAUGAACAACUUAAAAGUUUCUGGACGCAUAUCACCGCUGCACGGCGUCUAAAACCUGAACAUUUUACAUCCUGGAGGUGAAUUCUGUCCAGCCCGAGACGAGCAGACUGUUGGGAAUUGAACUUUUUUUUUUUUUUUUGGCUUGAAUGCAGGAAUGAGGUGGAAGCUCACACACAGGAGAGGCUUGACGGCGGGGCUUUGAGGAGCUCCUUAUGCGCUGUGCAUGCCGUUUUCGGCGUCUUUGUGUGACCAAAAGAAGUGGAAGGAAUGAAAGUAAGUGUUGAGUGGGAUUUCAAGUAAACACAGGACGGUGUAGGUUUGAGACUUGGGGUAGUUUUGAGCGCUACUUUUCCUGACUCCGGUGUGAAGGCGGGCAGAAAUGCGUGCAGGAAGCUCGCUGCGUGUGAAGGAGAACCAGGCCAAGCGGCGCGUCUCCACUCCGUGUCUGGUGCUCUUCCUGACAUGUUUCGGCGCUGCUGGCUCUCUGGAAUGCCCUCACAAAUGCGUGUGCACUGACACAAAAGUCAAUUGCAACCAUCAGAACUUCACAUCCAUCCCACAGCCAAUCCCAGCCACCACUACGACCCUUCUCGUCACUGGGAACGAGAUAUCCCAGCUCACUGAGGACUCCUUUCCUGUUCGUCUGGACUAUUUAACAUAUCUUAAUCUGUCUGAGAACCAAAUAGAACACGUGGACCCUGGGGUGUUUACCAACUUGCCAAGGCUGCGUUUGCUUGACCUGAGCGACAACAGAAUCCUGCGUUUUAGCUCUGGUGCUUUUCCAGAGAACAACGUCCUCCAGGUCUUAAACCUGACCAGAUCGUUGUACAAUUUCUCCUUUGCUGAUGCUGUUUAUAACCUUUCCAAGUGUGCUCUUCCGAAACUUUCCGUUCUCAGGUUGGCAAGCAACGACCUCGUUGUCCUUCCAGAUGACAUGUUCGCCAGCUUGUCUAACCUCACGACCUUGGACCUAAGAAACAAUUCGAUAGUUUCGAUUAAGAACGUGACUUUCCGAAACCAAGCGCUUGUUAGUUUGGACCUGCGGAACAAUGCUCUGAAAGAGCUGUCUAAUGGGACGUUAAAGGAGUUCAGUCAGAUACCUGGACUUCGGCUGUAUCUGCUGGGAAACCAGUGGGUUUGUGAUUGCAACAUUGAGGACAUGGUGAUGUGGUUACAGAGCACAGAUAUUGCCGUGGACAAGCAGAACAUGACCUGCGCUCAUCCUGACCAGUUGAGAACCAAUCAGCUUUUGCAGUUGAAGCAGUCUGAGCUGCAGUGCACCUACUCUGGAAACAUGGAGGUUGCCUUGGAGACCUCGUAUGUGUUUCUGGGUAUGGUGUUGGCCCUCAUUGGGGUCAUAUUCCUGCUAGUCCUUUACCUGAACAGAAAAGGCAUCAAGAGAUGGAUAUAUAAUAUCCGUGAUGCAUGCAGGGACCACAUGGAGGGCUACCAUUACAGGUAUGAGAUCAACUCGGAUCCACGCCUGGCCAACCUCAGUCUUAACUCCGAUGUGUAAGGAGGUGUAAGGUGUGGUGCUUGGCCGGAGAUGGGGGGAAAACUGUUUCCCACAAUUACGCACAGUGACUCAGCUCUAUUUGAAUAACUAUUUGCAUAGUUUUCACAAGCUUAUACCGUAAUAUGCAGUUUGCCAUGCCGGAUAGAUUAAUUGGCAUCUGCUGCGGUACAUGCCGCAUGCUAUGUUAUUGCUGUGUCUUGUUUAGAUGUUGUUCAAUGCUUGCAUGAAUCAAGAACUCAUAAAGGUUCAUAAGUGCUUCUUUCUUGUAAAAGAAAUCUACAUAUUAUAUUUUGGGACAGCGUGGAGUGUGAUGCAAGGAUCUCUCUAACGGAUACAAGUUGUGCAUAUUAUCUUGCUUGAAAUUUGACUGAAAUUAAGAAUUAUACAUGUCUUAAAUCUCAUUAAUGCUUGACUUUUCCCCUUGAAUAAUAAUUUACCAUGUUUGCAUGUGUUUCUGUACAUUUUCAGUAGUUAUAAUAUCAUAAUACUCAUAUAUAAUUAUCCCACUUGUCCAUUUUUAUAUUCAAAUUUGUUCCAUGGACAUGGCUCAAUUUUUCUUAUGAAUAUGUUCUGCUGAAUAAAAAGGACUUGCGUUGAUCCUUCAUCUCCCAACCGGUGCUUUGAACUCCAGAGAGGAAUCCAAAGCUGCUGGAACAGAAACCAGGAUUAGGCAUAUACUCACACACACACACACACACACACACACACACACACACACACACACACACACACAGAGAAACAGAUACAUAUGUACACAUACACGAAUAUCAAUUCUAAUUCACUAUUAUGUGAUAUUAUAUUAUAAAUAGCUAUCAUCUUGUGGCAUAUUUGUAAU